AUGGCCACCGUCAGUCCACUGUGGCCUAGCAAUGAGGCAGCCCCAACUCCAAACAGGAAGGAUAAUGAUGUUUCAUUGCUCACCCCUAACAGUGGAGGUCCUCAUCAGUCACGCUCGUCCUCUAUCAGAUCACAGUCAUCAGUGAUGAGCAGAAAGGACUCAAACAGAGAGUCCUUUCCAACAAUAAGCAGAUCCAGGGCAGAAAAGUUUCACAAACUCUUUAAGUCUGUCACUGAGACAGAGGACCCCAUUGACUAUUUCUCAUGUGCCUUCCUUGGAGAUAUCCUACUACAGGGUAACCUGUAUGUGUCACAGAACUGGUUCUGUUUCUACUCAAGGAUCAGGGGCAGGGGGCGACUGCAGGAGAUCCCAAUGGAGAAAGUCAUCAGUAUAACUCGAGAAAAGACUGCCCUUAUCAUCCCAAAUGCCAUUGGUCUCCAGACAGCUCAGGAAAAGUAUGUGUUUGGAUCCUUCAUCUCCCGAGAUAACACUUACAAGUUUCUUUAUAGUCUCUGGAAAAAAACCCAGCAACAGAAUGACAUGCUGGUACAUAUAAGAAAUGAUUCAAAUACCUCAAAUGAAAUAUCCUUCACGAUGUCUCUAGACCAAACUGUACCAGAUGACCCGGACAGGAAGUACGAAUUGAAGACCAGUAAAUCCUUCAUAUCCCCAAAUACAGACUUUCAUAACAACAAUGUAAUCACUGCCCCAGACUCCGGUCAAAACAAGCUGGACUCAUGUGAGUCAGACUCAAGUGUGUGUCCUGAGUGUGGAGUUGUUGACAACAGUGAUUCCAACAGUAACAAAGACGUUCCACUUGAGACAGAAAACAGUGUACAAUCCACUACAUUUGUUCAUUCUGAGAUCAUAGGGCAGAGGGAAGAGGUCAUUGAAGGUUGGAAAUUCAGCAUUCCUUAUUUUAUUCAGUGCUUUGAUUGUCGUAAAAUGUAUGCAGCAUUUUCACAGCUGGCUGUGAAAUUUCAAAAGGUUCCCCGCACCAAUCUCCUGCUGGCGAUAUGUUCAAUAAUGGUACUUUUCCUGUUGCUGUCAGCUGUGGGACUGACCUACAAAAUCCUUCUACUUCAGGCCAAAUUAGAAGCCAAAGAUAUCUGGUCUCCAGUCUCUCAAUCAUCAUGGAGGGAGAAGUUGUACCAGACCAUUUACUCUAUGCAGUCUGACUCGCAUCUAGCGACAGUGAAACAACUUCAUUCUGUUCUACAAACCAAUAUAGAGGUCUUAGAAGAGAUAAAUUUGAGUUUAAAAAUUCUCCAUACACAUACAGAGGAGAAGGGAACAUGUCAAAGUAAGGAUGGAGACGAACCAUGUAGUUAA